AUGGGUAAUAUUACCUAUUUUGAUUCUUACACCCUGAUGGAACUGCAAUCCUCUAAAUCAUAUAGACAUAUAUAUUUUGCAUGCUUUUUCCUCCUUUUUUGUCUAAUUUGUCUUUUGAACAGCUGCCUUUGUGUGGUCAUUGUGAUGGAGAGAGCCCUGCAUCAACCAAUGUUCAUUUUCCUGUGCAAUCUAUGUAUAAAUGGAAUUUAUGGAGCCACUGGAUUUUAUCCUAAAUUGCUGCAUGAUUUACAACUGGACUCAUAUGUUAUUCCUUCUUACAUGUGUGCUUUACAAUCUUUUGUCAUUUACAGUUCAAUUAAAUGUGAAUAUUCUAUACUAGCAGCGAUGGCAUAUGACAGGCAUGUGGCCAUAUGUCAACCUUUAGACUAUCAUACAAAGAUGAACCCUGUUACUUGUGUCAUCUUACUUUUCUUUUGUUGGACUGUGCCAUUUAUUACUACACUUAUAUCUCUGCUCCUGUCAAAUAAGCUGGUGAUAUGUAAAAACCACAUUGAUAAACUGUAUUGUGACAACUGGUCAAUGGUAAAACUCUCGUGUGAAUCAACAGACACCAAUAACAUUUAUGGAUUAAUAAGUAUCUCAUUUCACUUUGGUAUUUUUAUUGUAAUUAUUUUCUCAUAUGUGAAACUUGUCACUGCAUGUAAAUCAUCAUUAGAGUGCAGAAAGAAAUUUUGGCAGACAUGUAUGCCUCAUGUCGUUUCACUGGUCAAUUUUAGUGUUGCAGUUCUUUUUGACACUAUGUACAGCAGAUACGGCUCAAGUGAUUUCCCAGAUGACCUGCGGAACUUUUUGGCUUUAGAAAUAAUUAUUGUGCCUCCUCUUAUAAAUCCUGUAAUCUAUGGCUUGAAUCUAAAAGAAAUCCGUAACAGGGUCUUGAAAUUAUGUACAAAUAUUUUGAAAAAAUCAUGA